UCAACAUUGAAAGACAUUCUAAUAAACAGGAUGUGGAGUGGGAGCCUUUUUAUGGAUCAUGACGUGAUUAUGAUAAUUAAUAUCCAGCCAAAUAUUACAGGCGUAUAUGAAGACAUAUUCAGUGAAGUAAAAGGAGAACUCAUGCGAUCUGUUCCAUCACAAGUUUCUUGUAAUCAAUCUGCUUUCCUGUGUUUUAAUGGGACAAACAUCCAAACUACUAAAAAGAGUAACAUUUCUGAUAACACAGACCCGUGCCAACUCGCAGCUCCAAAUCAAACCCGGGAGUUCUAUUUUCAAUAUGGAAAUGGUACAAAUUAUACCUGUGUUACUUACUGCACCACGGGCGUACCAGGCAGAUUAAACUGCAACUAUGGGGAGUGCCGUGUGAUAGCCAAAUCAGGACCACAAUGCUUAUGUCCGGACACCAAUGACUUCUGGUACUCAGGGAAGAGCUGUGACACCAGGAUUAGCAGACCUGGAGUGAUUGGGGGAGUCACAGCCGCUCUCAUUGUCUUAAUCCUUAUAGCAAUCAUAGCAUUCAUUCUGUGUCGCAGACGGAGACGGAGAGGCAAACGCAACUCAUUAACAAAGGGCAGAAAUUCCGAGCUUCUCCAUCCAGACAAUAUGGAAUCCGAGUGGACAGUUUCAGAACCAAACAUGAUUAGUUAUGGAAAAUCAGGAGCUGAAGGUAUAGGUAGCGGCAACUUUAAACUAAACCUAGAAAACAUGGAUACUUCUACAAAGAUUCGGAUAAAUCGACCAACUAUAAAUAUAAAUCCAUAGGAUUUGGACUAUUAAAAGGGCGGAAUCACAAAUGUCGAAAGUACUGGACUUCCUUGCUUAUCUGAUAUCAAGUUCUCAUAAAUAAGAAAAACAGCUGUAAUGUGUAACAUGCCUCCCAACGAUCCCGAUUUCAGCCGGACAGUCACGAUUAUCGGGUUGUGUCCUGCUGUUUAGACUUUAUUCCCCGGUGUCCUGCUUUUGGAGAUACUGGGGAAUUAUCCCCAAAAUGUGUACCUUAAAUGCAUCAUUAGACACUCACAGCACUAGGAUCCUGCAGAGAGCACAGAAGCAAUGCUCCUAGUAUGUCCUGCUCUUAGUGGCCUGGCCUCCUUCAUUGGUAGCCAAAAUCACUAAUCACUGGCCCGCCCUCUUUACGCCCAUCCUUCUUGGUAUACCAGUGGUGGGGGUAUGGUGUAAAUAAUUGGAAAUCAAUCGUGUCAAAAUGAAAUACAUUCAAAUCCGAUUGCUAAGAUUUAAUUUUAAUCAGAAACAUCACUUUUUGGAAUAUAGGAUUCAAAUAUUUACUGACAAUGACAAUUAAAU